AUGAUCCUGAUUUCGGAACCGACAUUUAUUCCAAUUUUGGAGUCGAUUCCCAAGCCAAUUCCGAAGAAGAUUCCGGAACCGACGCCAAUUCUGGAACCGAUUCCAAUUUUGGAAGUGAUUCCGAUUUUAAAACCGACUCCGAUUCUGAUUCCGGAACUGACUCUGAUUCUGGAACUGACUCCUAUUCCGAUUCUAGAGUCGAUUAUGGAGUCGAUUUUCAAGUCAAUUCCGGAAAAGAUUCCGGUACAGACUACGAUUCUGGAACGAACUACGAUUUUGGAACUGACUCCGAAUCCAAUUUUGGAACCGACUCCGAUUGUGAUUCCAGACCCAAUUUCUGAGGCAAAUCCGGAGAAGAUUCCUGAGCCGAUUUAG